UUAUCCUUGUCAGUGUCCUUUUCCUUUUCCCUUUUCCCUUUUCCCUAACUUCCCCUCCACUCCCAUAAACUCUUCUCUGAACUUCCUCACAUCAAGAACCCAUCAUCAAUCCAACGGUACAUGUCGACCACAACAUUAUAACAUGCUGUGGACAUACUUCUCCAGAUCGCAGCCCUAAUUAGUUAAAAUUCCUAUAUUUUUCAAGUUUUUUUUUUGUUAAAAGGGUAAGCUUAUUUUUCAAGUUGUGAAAGCUUAUGAAUUAAUUAUAACCUGUGUGUGCGCGAGAGAAGAAGCUCCAGCACUCGGUGAGCAGCAAGAAGCUCGAGCUUGAAAUUGACUUAUAUGGAGACACUUAUAGAGGGCAAGUUUGUAACCACAGAAAGUUUGACAGGAAAUGAAUCAGAUUUGCAUGAAUUUGAUACGUAUCAAGAACCAUAUGUGGGUAUGCUGUUUGAAUCAGAUGAAGCUGCCAAAGCAUUCUAUGAUGAAUAUGCCAGGCGGGUAGGAUUUUUAACACGAAUUGUAUCAUCCCGUAAGUCAGAGCGGGAUGGAUCCGUUAUCUCACGUCGACUUGCAUGUAAUAAGGAGGGAUAUAAUAUCAACAGUCAAAAAACAGGGCGGUCUCGAAUUCGAAAGCGAGAGAGCAAACGAGAAGGUUGCAUGGCAAUGAUCCUAGUGAAAAGAGAGAAGCCUGGGACAUGGCUCGUGACAAAGUUUGUGAGGGAACAUAAUCAUCCACUAAAUAUUUCUUCGAGAAAGGGUCCUCCAAAACCUGUAAGUGAUGACAAGGACAGGAGGAUCCAAGAGCUAUCUUUUGAGCUGCAUCGUGCAAAUCAACGGUUGGCAGCGUGUCGAGAACAGCUGCAUAUGUUUAUGACAUAUAUUGAGGAACAUACCCUUUGUUUAUCAAGAACAGUUGAAGACGUAGUUCACAAUAUCAAAGAAGCGGAAUCCAAGGGGCGGCAAGCAUUCUCGCAUCACCAGUAGCAGCCUCCAGUUUCACACAAAUACGUCUGCUGUUCUACUUUCCAAUGUUAAUAGACUAGUUUCAGCUACAUUCUUUUCUAGUUCUCUGUAUAAUAUCAUAAUUGGAGUCUCCAUCUUGGUUCUUUGAUUCAUGUAAAGAAAUUUCAGCUUUACGAUUUUUUUGCUGUACAGGAUUGAUCUGGACAUUUUGUCCUCAUACAUUAUGAUCUGAAUAAAACUGUAAUGUGGGGGAAGAGCAUUCAAGAUUCAUUCAAAUUCAA